UUGUCCCCCAUUUUGGUGAUCCAGCAGCACCUCCAGGGCAGAGCUGAGCUGGUGGCGGACAGGGCCAAACAGCUCCGCUUCCUCCACGCUGUGCCGCGUCUCUGGUUCUCGGCACAGAAGCAGGGGCGGGACACUCUGGAGCCCCCGGUCUCCAAAGCGGCCCUCGUGGAGAGCAUUGCGGAGCUGAUUGAAAAUGUCCCUGGUCCGUCAGAGCCAAGCUCCAUCAUGCCCAGCUCCAUGGCCGCAGUUUGCAGCCUCAGCAAACUGAAGCCACCGCUCGCCCUGGAGCUAGAAUCUCGCCUCCUGCGGGCUCUUCUGAACGGGAUGUACACCCUGGGCACUGGGCAGGACACCACACACUGCCGGGCUCUGUACAUCAACUAUUCGCAGAGCCUGGACAUCCUGCUCAGGGGCCUUCUGACAGAGACCCCCACCGUGGAGAAGCUGCAGCACCUCCUGGAGCACGUCCAUCCCUCUCUCCUGUCAAACAACACCCAGGAGAGAGCCAGGGCCGUACAGACCAGCGCGGCCCUGCUCCAGUUUGCCACCUCCCUGCCUGGAUUAGACACCUCCUCCACCUUCUCCAAGGCAGGUGAAUUCGUGCUGCAGCUGGGUCUCUGUGUAUCCCACCCAGCCAGUGACCUCAGUUGGUAUGCCAGGGGUGGGAUAUAUUGGCUUUACUGGCUCCUGCUUCAGAAGAGGGGGCUCAACACCAGAGAGGCCCCAGACCUGUGGUGCCGGGACGGGCUCCAUGACCCCGAGCGCCUGGGGUAUAGAAAUCUGGCCAGGGUGGGAGAGGUCUUUGGCGAACUCUUCACGGAGGAGCAGAAAAGAUCUUUCCUCGAGGCGGGGCUGCUGGCCAUCCACGACCCCCUACUCCGCGUCAGCCAGGCUGGCCUGGUGCUGACCUAUUCCAUCUUGGGGGAAGCCGGCCAGCUGCUAGAGGACGAGGGGGACAUCACAGCCAACAUCAUGGUCCAGCUGUUUAAUAUCAGGGUCUUGGGCCAGGUGCCCGAUGCCCUGCAGGGGCUGUGCUCCGUGGGGUAGCCUUGAAGACCCCCCCUCGCAUGACCAGCUCCCACCCCCUGCCGCAGCCUCGCUCCAGGCCCUCCAGCCACCCGCUCCAGCCCUGCCUCCUCCUCCUCCUGAUCUUCCCCAACCCCUCCGAUUUCGACUACACGGAUUUGACCUUUGCAUGGAUACGGACUUUGGCUUGUACUUCUGACCACCCGGCUUCGACCUGUGGCCUGGACAUGGACACUGGCUCCGGUUCUGCCUGGACAUACUCAACACCCGGCAGCAGUAGAAAGGCCCCACCAUUAAUCAAAGCCUAACCCCGCCCCAUGACCCCUUAGUCCCUCCCACCUGUCACCGGAAGCCCCGCCCCAUGGGGGUAUUUCUUUGUGGUCAAGUCGGCCACAUAACUGGAAGCCAGGUGUGUCAUGUGACCCCUCUAAGAACUCCUCCCACCACCCUCUACCAAGCUGGAAGGACCAUCCCAAGAGGAGAUUUGACCAAUCAGGGUGAGCUCUGGGGUGGGAGGGUGACCCGUCCUGACGUGGGUCUUGUGACCUCUCUAGGAACUCCUCUCACUGCCCUUGACCAAUUAGGAUCGGUUUUGUCCUGACAGGACCACCCCAAGAGGAGAUUCUGACCAAUCAGGGUGAGUUCUGGGGCAGGGUGACCCGUCCAGGAGUGGGCUGU